UGCCGGAGCGGCCUCAGGGCCCAGCGGGCGACGCUGCCUUCUGGAGGAGCAGGAGGCUGCGCAGGCGGAGAGGCGUAGCGUGCGGCCUGUAGGAACCGGCUGGGGGCAUCUCCGCGCGUCGCGGGCAGCCGGGCCGUGCGUUCCCGCUGCCGGCGUCCUGGGCAUCGUGUCCUCCCGUGACAGGUUCUCUGUUGGCCGGUCUUGCCGGAGCGAGGUAUGAAUCGUCCUCGCGAGCCUUGUUCCUGAGCAGAGCGUGACUGAGGGUUGGCGAUCAGAGUUUUUCAGGCUCCAGUGCCUUAGGGAAUUCUUUGUGCGUGGAGGGCAGGGGCCUGAAGCCAGAGUGGCUCCCUCCCACCCUGGCCUCUUCCUCCUUGGGUCAAAGGCUAGGCCUUGAUUUUCUAACCUGCCGAAUGCCCCGGCUGACUGUACUUCGUGUUGAGGGUCUGCUGUACAAUAAGACUGCCAGCUUACUGCUGUGGAAGUCGCGGUGGCGAUGACCCUGUCACUGACUCUGUGGCCUCAGGGGUCUCUGGUGUGCAUCUCAUCAGCUUGGCUGAGCCUUUGCCACUAUUCCUGUGUCAUCUGAGCGGUCUCUGAACUGGGACCUUCUGAAAUCCGUGGGUCUUGUAGGGCUUGGUGGUUCCCCAGGAAGGAGGGAGAUGUUGAGACAGGUAUCAAGGACCACAGGUGAGGCCUACCUUCUCUCAGGGCUUCUCAUGCUGCGUGACACCUCAGGCGUUAGUGGUUACAAGGCUCAUGCUGAGGGAUUUCAUGGGCCAUGUCGUUUGGACCCAGCAUCCCUGCAGUGCAUGGUGCUGGCUAGACCUGAGGCUAGCCCUUGAGAGCCUGUUAGGUGGCUUCUGGUUUCCUGAGAGUAUCGGACACUUAGUAUCGAUGAAGGUGGGUGGGGAAGGGCCUGAAUGCUAUUCUGCUGUGAGAAAUGAUUUCUAAAGUGGCUUUGUGAUUUGGGAGGCUUGAAGAGGGCCUUGAAGAACAGUAGUUGUCUGGUAGACUCACACAAAAGUGAGCAGAUCAUUGGUGUCAUACCACAUACUUACUGACACUUUCUUUAGAGUGGCACUGUGCUUCUGGAGGGCAAAGACGAGUGUGCCCAUAGCCCAGGGGCUAGGCACCUACCUGUUGUUCCUCUGCGCCACUGUUUGCCAACUCUGUGCUGGCACCGUGUUGGGUUUCCCCAGCACUGGUGUGGAGGGAUGUGGCCUAGGGUCUGUCUUCCCACUGAAGGUCCCUCUGCUGCAGGUGGCUACUUGCCCAGCCGAGCGCCAUGCAUACGCUUGUGUUCCUGAGCACGCGGCAGGUGCUCCAGUCCCAGCCAGCCGCCUGCCAGGCCCUGCCCCUGCUGCCACGGGAGCUCUUCCCCCUGCUGUUCAAGGUGGCCUUCAUGGACAAGAAGACAGUUGUCCUGCGUGAGCUGGUACACACAUGGCCCUUCCCGCUGCUCAGCUUCCAGCAGCUACUGCAGGAGUGUGCCCACUGCAGCCGGGCCCUGCUACAGGAACGGCCCAGCACAGAGAGCAUGCAGGCCGUGAUCCUGGGGCUGACUGCGCGGCUCCACAGCCCAGAUGCUGAGGCCAGCACGCAGCCCCUCUGCAGGAAGCAUGUGCUGCGAGUGCUCGACAUGACAGGUCUCCUGGAUGAUGGCGUAGAGCAGGACCCAGGCACCAUGAGCAUGUGGGACUGCACAGCCGCCGUGGCCCGCACGUGCAUUGCCCAGCAGCGGGGCGGCACUACGGAGGCUGGGCCGGCCCCCGUCCCGGUGGAGCUCCUAGCCAGCCUGCGGCUGCACUACGUGCACGGGGACUCACGACAGCCAUCUGUGGAUGGUGAGGACAACUUCCGCUAUUUCCUGGCUCAGAUGGGCCGCUUCACCUGCCUGCGGGAGCUCAGCAUGGGCUCCUCUCUCCUUUCAGGGAGGCUGGACCAGUUGCUCAGCACCCUGCAGAGUCCCCUCGAGAGCCUGGAGCUGGCCUUCUGUGCUCUGCUGCCUGAGGAUCUGCGCUUCCUGGCACGCAGUCCCCACGCUGCCCACCUCAAGAAACUGGAUUUGAGUGGUAACGAUCUGGGUGGCAGCCAGCUGGCACCCUUCCUGGGAGUGUUGCAGGUGGCAGCAGCCACCUUGCUGCACCUUGAGCUGACCGAGUGCCAGCUUGCAGAUGCCCAGCUGCUGGCCAUGCUGCCCACCCUGACCCGCUGUGCUAACCUCCGCUACCUUGGCCUUUAUGGCAACCCGCUAUCCAUGGCUGGCCUCAGGGAGCUGCUGCGGGACUCUGCAGCACAGGCCGAGCUGCGCACUGUGGUGCACCCCUUCCCUGUGGACUGCUACGAGGGUCUGCCUUGGCCUCCACCUGCCUCUGUCCUUCUGGAGGCCUCCAUCAACGAGGAGAAGUUUGCCCGUGUGGAGGCUGAGUUGCACCAGCUACUGCUGGCCUCGGGGCGCGCCCACGUGCUCUGGACCACAGAUAUCUAUGGGCGCCUGGCUGCAGACUACUUCAGCCUGUGACUGCACUUGCAGUCCCCCAGGUAGGCGGAGCCUUUGCUAGGACUCUGCUGGGGGUCUCAGGUUUCCUCAAAGCCUGCUUUGCUCCUGGCUGCACCUGGAGCCUCCCCUGCUUUCUGCAGUGCCCACAGCUUGCCCCUCACCUGCUCCCUAACUAGCAGACCAUCAGUGGGCCUGAGGGCUGGACCUCAGGCCUUGUUGCCCUGCUGUUCGGCUACCUGGGGCCCUUGGUCUUGGCAAUCCUGGGAGUCCUAUCUGUGAGCCGAGAGACAUGGGGGUCUCUCUGCACCCUUCCAUCCUCUUACUUAAGAGCCCAGGGCUCAAGUUGCAGGAUCAGGCCUGCACAGGAAUGGCAGCCUGCCUUGUGGGUACUUGAGCUACCUUUGGGCUGGGCUCUGAGGCUGUAGGAUGUCACCAAGGUACAAACGUGCAGUGUCUGGAACUUGAA